AUGUCAAUGAAAGCAGUAGUUUUUCGUGGCCCCUUCGACGUUGGCGUCGAGAAGAGGCCCAAGCCUGUCAUUCGGGAUCCUACAGAUGCCAUAAUCCGCGUCAAACUUGCUGGAAUAUGCGGAAGUGAACUACACAUGUACCGCGGCAUUCAGAAGACUGCGGCUGGCCACAUCAUGGGCCAUGAAUUCAUCGGAACUAUAGAACAGAUAGGAUCAGACGUGCAUAAGUUUGCCGUUGGUGACGAAGUCGUCUCCUUAUUCUCACCCGUUUGUCUGAAAUGCUGGUACUGCAAACAAGGCCUCACAAACAGAUGCACCGAAGGAGUUGCAUUUGGCACUCAGAAGCUUGACGGCGGACAGGCUGAGUUUGUCAGAGUGCCUUUUGCAGAUGGCACCCUCAAUCUUGUUCCAUCAGACCUGGACGAGUCUCUACUUAUCAUGAUGUGUGACAUCUUUCCAACGGGGUAUUAUGGAGCGUCUCGUGCUGUGGAAGGCUUAUUGAACCAGCACCAGUCACCGCUGACCAGCUUCCGUAAUACUCAUACAGCCAAGGUAAGCUUUAAAGGUCACAAUGGCCACAUGAAUGGCAGCACAAAUGGCCUCAUGAACGGUCAGACGAAUAAUUACACAAACGGAGAUGCACCUCUUGAUCGAUUAGGGUCAUCAGUGGUUGUCUGUCUUGGCUGUGGCCCCGUUGGGAUUUGUGCCAUCACCACAGCUCUAUCAAAAGGCAUCAAGACCGUAUUAGCAGUCGACAGCGUGGAAGACCGCCUUUCUGAAGCAGCUCAGAUCGGGGCAGUCCCUCUGAACCUCUCCAGGUUUAACAUUCUAGAAGAAGUCAUGUCUCGGACUCAAGGCCGUGGAGCAGAUGCUGUCAUCGAAGUAGUGGGCAAUCCGGCCGCUCUCAAAUCCGCUUUCGAGCUACUACGUCCGUGUGGAAUACUAUCAUCCGUUGGCUUCCAUCAGGAUGAUUUACCAUUCACUGGUCUGGAAUGCUAUCUUAAAAACAUAACGAUGAACUUUGGUCGAGUUCCAGUGGGAACAGUCUUCCCAGAUGCUCUGGAAUGUUUAAAGGAGAACCAAGGGGCAUUGAAAAAUUAUGUCACGCAUGAACUACCACUCGAUGAAGCAGCAACUGGCUUCGACUUAUUUGAGAAGAGGGUGGCUAGAAAGGUAGUACUUCGAGUAUAG